GGGAACCUUGGGAGGCGUGUUCAGCCACCAUGUGAUCGGAAAUCACCCCUGCUGAGAAAGAGAGAGAGAAACGGACAAAGUACCGAAACCAGAGGGAAGCGGAGAGUUUGAGCGGGUCCUUCAGGGUCUGAGUCAUUUAAGCCUUUAUUUCAGCCUCGAUCAAACCCAGAGAGCCGCGGCGGAGCCAGCUGAGAAAGGGUUGUUCUGCGGUCAGACUGCUGAAAUGACAAAGCUGUGACGGUGGACAUCCAAGAGUCUCUCUGCUGGCCCAAUUCGACUGUCAUGGCUGCUGCUAAGAAGAGGUGUGCUAAGGUGGGAGGCAUCCACUUCCCGGAGGAACUGCCCUCUGUUGGUGGCGCUUCCCACGUUCAUUUCGACGAGAAGCUUCAUGACUCUGUUGUCAUGGUAAACAUGGAGGACGACGGCAACUUCAUGGUCAAGGUUGGCUUCCUGAAGACGCAGCAUCGUUAUGAGAUAGUGUUCACCCUGCCGGAGGUCCCUGCUCUGGGUAAAGAUGUGGUUCCAGCUCCAUUGCCCAACCCACACCUUAAAAUCACCAACAUCUCAGCAGCGCCUGAGGGCGGCCUGAAGGUAACGUGUGAGUACUUGGCCUUGAAGGAGGGCGUCCUGUGCGAAGAGGUGCUGCUGCUGAGCGAAACCAACGACGAUGUCUGCGUCAGGGUCAAAGUUCACGCCAGAGUCAUGGAUCGUCACCACGGUACACCCAUGCUGCUGGAGGGGGUCCGCUGCAUCGGCACGGAGCUGGAGUACGACUCGGAGCAGAGUGACUGGCAGGGAUUCGACUGAACCUCAAGGCUCCUCCUCCAAGUCACAUUUGCAGAAAACAUCACAUUCACAGUCGCACAUCAUCCGCCAUGUCAGAGGUUUACACCCAGCUAAAUCCACAGGACCCUCAACUUCUCACACAGGAAACGAAUAAAAAAGCUUCCUUUCUGGUUUGUGUCUGAUUAGUGAGCAGGAGACGGCUGUCGGCCUCUGGGGCGUCAGUGUUUAAGGUCAGACCUUAAAAUGGGAAACAUUCCUCCGCUGCCACUGUCUCAGCAGCAGCAGCAUCAACCUUCUUCCCACCUGUUCAUCUUGUAAACUGUGUUUUCCUUAAUAAACCUGUAGGGGGCAGCAUUACCCUAUAAAUCAGCCUUUGAUCCAUUUCAGCACUGCUUCUCCAGUUCUUGCUACUCUUGGGUUUAUAGUUUUAGGUGGAUUUAAGGGCUCAUGCAUUAACUAUAAAAUGUUUGCUUCUUAAGAAGGAAAUAAUAAUGAGGAAAAUCAGUCAAAGAUCAUCUAAUGUCUGUUUAAUUAAGAAAGGGGACUGUUUAGCACUGUCUGAGUUGGUUCCUGUAUCUGUAGGUUUUCAUUUGAAAUGCGUCUUUUCAUUCUGUAACUGACCUUUUCGCUCUGCUCUCUGACUUUAACCUGCUCUCGUCAUUACUACUUCUUGUUGCUCUCCAAUAGCUGCUGCUUAGGAGACCCUUAAAAAAUGGGUCAGGGUAUUUUAGUAAGGUCGGGUGAGGAAUGCAUGUGCAGCAUCUGUGUUAAAAGGAAGGAAGAAAUGAUGCCUCAUAACAAGCUCUCUGGGUUAAUAGCACAAAUCUGCAGCCAGCUUUCAGGCUUUUUUUCCAUUUCUUACUGUAAUAGUUUAAUUAUUAAGAGGUCUUGGUUGUAAUAGUUGAGAUUUUUUCAUCUUACCAAUGUUCUCAGCUGCAUUCAUUUAAAGGUGAACUUAUAAGUCAACAAUGCACUGCAAAAACAAUAUUUUUUAUGUUGAUUUAGGUCUGCAGAUAUCAUUUUCUUAUGCCAAAUUCUCUAAAAAUGAAAAAUGCAUGUUUCUAUUUUUUUUUGUUUAACUUGUUGACUUUGUUUUUUUUUUAUUAUUAUUAUACUGCCUUUGUUCAAGCCAUCCAUCAGUUAACUAACUUAUGACUCAACAAUGUGAAUAAUCCUAUUUUCUAUAAUGAAAUAUAAACGUUUAAGCGGCAUAUAUCAUUUUUACACCAUCUUGAGUGUUUUCAGGCUUGUUUUUUGAUUAUAUUGGUAUAUUUAUUUCCAGGUUGGAAAUAAAGAAAUAUGUAAAAAGAAAAACAGAGGUAAAAGGCAGCUGAGGAAUCUGCAGUAAUACACUGAAACAGAAUAGACUCAUGACAUAAUGGCUGCCCAAGACCAAAAUUAGCAAUACCAAAGGCCUCAGCUCAUUUUGAAGUUAUAUUAAUGUUAUUAUUUACCAAAGGGGAGAAGUCAUCCUGAGACAAAUCUUAGAAAUCUAACCAAGUGGCAGCCUAAUGGAGGGAUUAAAAGGCGCUCUGUGUAGAGUCCAAUCUGCCUUUAAGUCAGUAGAGGGGUGAAAAUCAAAUUCCUCAUAUAAAUUAUGCUCCAGAUCUAACCAGCAUUACCACUUUAGGAUCUCACAACAGCAUCCCCUAGAAAUAUAUAUUAAAAUCUCCCAUUUUCCCCUCUGCAUUAUCAAUCGAUAUUUAACCCAUUUGGCUUAACGAAUGUCGCUGUGAAGAUGUUAAUCUGAGCAAACCAACUCAUUCCAUACACGCUUUUUAACUGUCUGCUUUUUUCUCAUGUUGAUUGAUCCUCAAAGCUACUUCCGGCUAAUGCUACAUGGUCGAUGGAAGGGAGGCUAAAUCA